CUCCCCCUCGCCUCUCCCUUCCUCCCUCAAUCCCUCUUUCCUUCGGCUUUCCCACCUCCGCAAUAAAGAAAGCUAUAAUAAUACUCCGCAGCAAUGACCAGAUCCACAGCACAACUCACCACCCUUCUCCUCCUCGCGGCGCUCGCCGUCGCCUCCGCCAAACCCCGCUCCGCACGCCGCUCCCUCAACGAAGCCGCCGCCGCCUGCGAGUUCGUCACCGUCCCCCAGCUCUGCACGUCGCUGGCCGCUAAGUCUGGAGCCACGACGGUCCCGGCCCUGACCGUGGCUGCCGUCAACGAGGCUGCAGCCACCGCGCAAGAAGCGAAGGUCACGGUGGAGAGGAUCACCGCGGCCCCCAUCACCGACGCGAAGCUGAAGGCCAACCUCGAUGUGUGCUGGAAGAGCUACGUGGACUCGCUCGACACCCUGCAGAAGGCGGGCAGUAACCUGCAGACGGGGGCGCCACACAACGAGUUGGUCAGCCACAUCUCGGCCGCCAUCACCUACGUGGGCCACUGCAACGACGCCUUCAGCCAGAACCCCGGCCUGGUGUCGCCGGUGGCGGACGUCACUAGUAUCCUAAAGAAGCUCAUCAGCAACAGUCUUGCCUUGGCCGUGAGCCUACAGUUCCACCACUAAGUAGUAUGCAUGCGUGUGGAACGUCGAGAGCGAGAGAGAGGAAGAGGAAGGGUCAAACGUGUUGACCAUGCAUGGAGGACGUAAUCUUUAUAUGUGAUUGUAAUAACGGUGGAUAACAAAGAGCCUGAAGGAGUUCCGAUGCUAAUUGUUUA